GUCUAGUCUCGCACUUUGUAGACAAGCUCUUACUGCACUGUACCAUCUGCCCUUUCGCCAUCAAUCACUAUGGCCAACAUUCCUCACGGAGGCAUUCUGAAGGAUCUCAUUGCACGGGACGGGCAUCUGCAAGAGAACUUGAAGGCUGAAGCUGAAACGUUGCCUGACAUCACUCUGACCGAGCGUCAACUGUGUGACCUCGAGCUUAUUCUCAAUGGUGGCUUCAGCCCCCUCGAGGGCUUCAUGAACGAGGCCGACUACACUAAUGUCGUAGACAAUUUCCGCCUUGCCGAUGGCACGCUCUUCCCCAUGCCCAUUUCUCUUGAUGUCUCUGAAGAGGAUAUCGUCCACCUCUCCAUCGGCCCAGGGUCUCGCAUAGCCCUCCGGGAUCCUCGUGACGACCAAGCACUUGCGAUCAUCACCGUCGAGGAUAUCUACCGACCAGACCUAGUCAAGGAGGCCGUACAAGUCUUCGGCGCAGAUGACCCAGCACACCCGUCCGUCGCAUACCUCCGUAACAAAGUGAAGAAAUUCUAUGUUGGUGGAAAGGUCCAGGGAAUCCAACUGCCCGUCCAUUUCGACUACGUUGCUCUCAGAUACACCCCAUCCGAGCUACGUGCGCACUUCAAAAAGCUGGCAUGGAGGAAGGUCGUUGCCUUCCAGACGCGCAAUCCCAUGCACCGUGCGCACCGAGAACUGACCGUCCGCGCCGCCCGCCAACGACAAGCGAACGUCCUUAUCCACCCCGUCGUUGGCCUGACAAAGCCUGGCGAUGUUGACCACUAUACCCGCGUGCGUGUUUACGAGGCCAUCAUGGCCAAGUAUCCCAACGGCAUGGGGCACCUCGCGUUGCUUCCCCUCGCAAUGCGCAUGGCUGGCCCCCGCGAAGCCGUCUGGCACGCGAUCAUCCGCAAGAACUACGGCGCGACCCACUUCAUCGUUGGACGCGAUCACGCGGGUCCUGGCAAGAACUCGCAAGGCAAGGAUUUCUACGGUCCCUAUGACGCGCAGGAACUUGUCACAAAAUUCCAUGACGAGCUAUCGAUCGAGAUGGUGCCGUUCCAGCAGAUGACCUACAUGCCGUCGACGGACGAGUACGUCCCGAUCGACGAGGUACCACAGGGUGAGCAGACCCUUGACAUUUCGGGUACCGAGCUCCGGAGACGCUUGAAGACGGGCACGCCCAUCCCUGACUGGUUCAGCUACGAGGGCGUUGUAAAGACUCUACGUGAAAGCUAUCCCCCACGUCUCAAGCAAGGCUUCGUGAUCUUCCUAACAGGUCUGCACAACUCCGGCAAGGAUACAAUCGCCAAAGCUUUGCAGGUCGUGCUCAACGAGCAAGGCGGUCGCAGCGUCUCCGUCCUUUCUGGGGAUAACAUUCGUCAAGAUCUUGAUGCUCCCUUCAGCUACUCGACAGAGGAGCGGUCAAAGAAUCUCCAGCGCGUUGCGUUUGUGGCGACUGAGCUCGCGCGGGCAGGAGCAGCGGUCAUCGCAUCGCCCAUCGCGCCGAAGCAGUCGUUGCGCGGCGCGUUCAAGGACACUGUCGUCCAUUCAGCCGGUGCUGGCGCGAACUUCUUCACGAUCCAUGUGGCCACUCCCCUGGAGCACUGUGAAGCGAAUGACCGCCGCGGUGUCUACGCGCGCGCGCGCAAGGGGGAAUUUUCCGGUGUCGCAGGUGUUGAUGAGCCGUAUGAGACCCCCGAACGACCUGAUUUGACCGUUGAUAUCAAGACGCAGAGCGUACCGGAGAUCGUUCACAGCAUCGUGCUACUCCUGGAGACCAACUCGCUGUUGUAAAGAUUCGCGGGACAUUGACAGAAAUGAUGGACAUGUC